GUAAUUCAAGAAAUUAGAGUUUAUGGUUUAAAUAUAGAAAUUAUUAAGAAACAACAAAUCAGUCAAGAAAUGCAAUACUUUCUAUUAGAAAAGAAUAGAAAAUUACAGGAAUGCUCUCUGACACA